AUGGCUGGAAGCAUGCUGGAGGACGUUAUCAGCUCCAUCGAAUCGUGUGGUGGAUUGAACCUCAUCGAGGACUUGCAGCAAAAUGUUAAUCCUUCCAUAUUCAAGUCUGCAUAUAACAUUCUGGAAAUGCUAUAUGGUUCCAAUUACGACGAGACUGUCGCGGCUGAAGAGGAAUUUGAUGCAGCCAAUUCGGGCAGCGGAAAUAACCCUCCGUCUGGCGAUGGCAAUGAAGACACUUUUACAUUUGCAGCUAAAACGGAUAACAUGCUCUUCGACUUUUAA